AUGAGCACGGACGACGACGGCGACGUGGACUUUGACUCGGCGUUCGACGACCUCUUCUUCUCGGAGCCAGCGCCAAAGGCGGUCGUCAAGACACCGGAGCAGAACAUCUUGGCCUCGAACGACGAAUGGCGGUUGCCUCCAGUUGCAGCACCCGUCGCCGCACCAACACUGGUGACAGACGCUGGUAACCCAUUCGCGUCGCUACCGCACGCGGAGCCGCCGAUGCCUCCGGCGAUAACGGAACCGACGUUGGCGCCGCCAUCGCCAGUGCAACCUACGAGCGCAACGUCAGCUACUGCCGCGCGCUACACGACGCUGCCAAGCGUUCGCGACCUGCCGUCCGGCGACGCCGUCACGACCGUCAGUGUCACUGACGACGACGAGCACGAGUGGGACCAUCUCGUGUCACAGAAGGGCGUGCUGGCGACGGUCCACGAGGUCGACGAGACCAAGCCCCGAUACGUCCGAAAAAGCCUCUCGUCGGUGCCGGAGCAGCACAAGAGCCUCGGUGAGUCGCAACGCCAAGCGCUUUGGCACACGCUGCAUGCCAACGGCAGCGUCGCGGCGAUGAGCAUCGCGCCGGUGAAGCGCGUGUCGCUGCCGACGGCCCACAUCGUCCACGAACCACGCAAGGGCGAGACUCUCCUGCACACAAUCGACCUCAAGCUCGCGUCCUUUGCGUCCUACUUGGGCGAGACCAAGACGCUCAAGGCCGAGCUCGAAGCCGCGCACUUGGCCAACGCCGCGUAUGAAACCAAAGUGGCCCAUCUGGAAGAGUCGGUCGCUGCACACGCGGCCAACGAGACGCAGCUGCGUGCGUACAUUCAGGCGCUCGAAACUAGCGUCGGAGCAUUGCAGGACUCGGCGGCGGCGAUGGAGGCAAGCCAAUCGCAGCUGCUGCAGGCCCAAGCGCACUGGACCAAGCAGCGGCGCCAACUACAAACGCGGGCGCUUCGCCGCAUCUUGGACCAUGCUACGACCUCGGUGCUCCGACGGGCGUUUACGCAUUUGGUGACGGCGGUACGUCGGCAGCAAGCGCGCUUGGGACUCGCAACCAACAAGAUGGCCAUGAUCCUCUUUGCCCACGCAGAGAAGCGGCAUAGCAUGGACCGAGGCCUGCACUGCCUACGCAGCUCGGGACAGCUCCAGGCCGGCGAGCACCGCGCGGCCAUGGCGACGACGAUGGUCAAGGAGUACCGACGCCACGCCCGUGAGACGUCGCUGCAGUGCAUGCUCCUCCUCAUGGAAGCGCACUCCAAGCAGUGGCGGAUGCAGACCUUGGGUAUGUCGUUUCGGCGGUGGCGGGCGGAGAGUCACCACAUUACGGUCCAGAACCGCCAUCGGCUCCACGCAAUGCGCAGACUCGAUCGGUGGAUGCAACUGCGCUUCCUCGACUCGACCCGGCGGGCGCUGACCACGUGGCGGGGCGCGACGCAGGGCAAUGUGCUGCAGUCAGCCAUCGCGACAGCGUCGGCUCAAGUGCAAGAGCUCCACGAAGCAAAAGAGUGCGUCUUUGCCCUCUCUCGGCAAAAGGCCAAGAUCGAAGAGUCGACGCGGCAGCUCGAGCACCGGUUGACCGAGCAAACCGAUGUCAUGACGCAGCUCCGGGGCGAGCUCCAGCUCAGCAAGCAUGGGUUUGUGGCGUACGUUAUGCGUCAGAUCGAUCGGGCGACCGGCAUUCGCCGCUGGUUGCUCCAGUGGCGGGCAGCAGCUACGCUGUCAAAAGCCACCAAGUGGCUCGACGCCCGGGUCACCACGCUCGAGGCCGCCCUUGACGACCAGACCAAGUUUGCCAAGUCUCUCGACCAGUACAACAAGGUGCUACUGGCGGACGUCGAGCGGUACCAGUUUGUCACCCAUGACACACGUAUUGCAGUCGAGGCACUCUCCAAGAAGCUCCUUCGGGAAGAGGCGCGCGUGGCGGAAAUCGAAGCCGCGAACGCGUCGCUCGCGACGCAUCUCACAGCACUUUGCACCGUCGGCGCGGCGUGGGCGCUUCCGCAAAGCCUUGUACAGCUCGGGAAGGACCUCGUCGUCGAUCGGCUCACACAGCUCUUCGGUAUUCACGCCGACGCCCCCACGAACGACGGCUGGACGCCGCGGAUGUCGCUCGACAGCUGCUACGAGCUCGUCCAGUCGACGCUCGCACCGGCGGGCGCCGUCACCGACACCCUCGACGUCCUCGCGCCACUCGGAAGCUACUUUUCGGCGGCCCCGCUGACGCUGCCAGCGUUUGUCAAUGGUCUCCACGACUAUUUAGAGGCGAUGCGAAACGAGGCGGCCGACCCGGCACUGCAAGAUCGCCUCGACGGCUUUUGGCGGCACUUGUUGGCACCGGAUGAGAAUCCCGAGCCGUCGUGGGCGCGGCAGAACAAGCUCAGCGAUGACAUUUUACAAAACCAAGAAAAGCUCCUCGCCGUCCUCGAGCACGAGACCGCCGUCGUCGAGCGCGCAGUCCUCGAGAAAGCCAGUCUCAAGCACGCGUACCCCAGCGAGGCUGUGCCUCAAAUCGACCUCCCUUCGACCGACCCGUGCAUCGCCUGGUACGACUUGCCACAAGUGGGCGACCUCAUCUUGGCCUACGAGCGCCCACUGGUGGCCCUCUUUGUCAAGUAUGCAACGCAUCACCUCAACUCACCGACACCGGCGCCAGCGCCGCACUGGAGACCCCUCGAACGACAACUGCAGGCGACGUUGGCCGCGACGCAGCCGCACGCUGUUGCCAUGCACCUUCAGGGCGCGCUCCAGUGUUUUCAAGACCUCAAGCUCGUCCCGAGUGCGUUUACGUCGGAAGUUGUCGCCGAGGUCUUUGGGGUCGUGACGCAGCACAAUGAAAAGGUGCUGUCGCUCCCCGGGUUCAUCCAGGUAUUUGGCGCGUGCGUCUUGCACUCGUACACUGUGUGCCAAACACCCAUGUCAGUGCGCGAGAAGCUGCAAAAAGCAUGGUACGACGUCGACUGGAGCCGAUUCCAGGUCGGCGGCCGGCGCCAAAAGCCCAUUUACGUCGGCGCCGACGUCGAGACGGUCCUCUGGCCGCUCUUCGAUUACUUUGCGACCGGUGGCGACGCUGGCGACGACGGUCGCAUCAGCCUCACGGUCGCCAAGUUUUGCCGCUUCCUCACCGAGAUUGCGGGUCUCGACAAGGAGUCCACCGCCGCCUCCCGCAUGGUCUUUGACGAGUUUUACCUCGGGAUCUACUACAUGCACCAGCUCAAGGACACGACGCGCCGGUACGAGUCGGCCGGUGACGCGCUGCAGGAGUGGAUGGCCCAGCUCUAA